GAACAUGACAGUAUCGAGCCAGGCCUGGCAGCUAGCUUGUUCGCACCGUAUAGGUACGUCAGGAGUUUCAUUUUCUGCUCGAGUCUUGCGGGAAAAAAGGCUGCGAUCGCGCGAGCAGCGGAGCCUCGCACAAAACCGGACGUGCCGAGGCUCUCUGAAGUGCAACAUGCGUUCUUACGGUGACUUGUACCAGCGGUAAUUCCGUGGAGGCCCGUCAAACGGUGUGGCGGGGAUCUAACAUGCGAGGCAUUCGAAGGGGAAUAAUCUAACGGCUACUACGUGGAGUACGUUCGAAGAAUAUUCGCAAAAAUGACCAAGAGAUUCGAAUUCAAUUGGCAGGUCGAGGUCCCGGAACCUCUGCGUACGGGAUGCGUAUUUGAUCGCUGGUCAGAGGAGAAAGAUAACACGGAAAUUGAAUUGAAUUGUACGUUUAAGGUUGAUGAAUAUGGAUUCUUCAUUUAUUGGCAAAGCGAAGGGAAGGAUGGCGAUGUUAUCGAACUCUGCCAAGUCAGCGAUAUUCGAGCAGGGGGUGUACCUAAGGAUCCAAAGUUGUUUGACAAACUCUGCAGCAAGCAUGGUGAACAACUGGAAGAUAAAAGUUUAACUAUCUGCUCUGGGGUUGACUACACCAAUAUCAAUUAUCAACAUGUCGUGUGUCCUGAUCCUGUGACGGCUAAGACAUGGCUGGAUGGAAUAAGAUCCAUUACUCAUAACGUCAAGGCGAAUAACGUGUGUCCGUUAACGUGUCUAAAAAAACAUUGGAUGAGGUUGAGAAUGCUGGUCGAUCCAAAUGGUAAAGUUCCGGUAAAAGUUGUUGCGCGGACUUUCGCGUCCGGAAAAACGGAAAAGCUUGUUUAUCAGUGUCUGUCUGAUUUAGGAUUACCUAGUGGAAAGAAUGAUGUAAUUGAACCAACUGACUUUACCUUUGAUGCAUUCUAUGCACUCUAUCACAAGAUAUGUCCACGGAAUGAUAUAGAGGAGCUAUUUCAGUCGAUAACACAGGGAAAAGCUGAUACUAUCAACUUGGAGCAACUGAUAACGUUUCUUAAUGAAAAACAAAGAGAUCCCACUUUGAAUGAAAUUCUGUAUCCUCUUUAUGAUGAAAAGAGGGCUCUGGAGAUCAUAAAUGAUUACGAGCAGAACGAAACAUCAAAAAAACAAAAAAUAAUGACCAAGGACGGAUUCAUCAGAUAUUUAAUAUCUGAUGAAAAUGCUCCAGUAUUUUUGGAUAGAUUGGAUGUCUACAUGGACAUGGAUCAACCCCUAUCACACUAUUAUAUCAAUUCAAGUCAUAAUACCUAUUUAAGCGGCAGACAAUUCGGUGGAAAAAGUAGUGUUGAAAUGUAUAGACAAGUGUUACUAGCUGGAUGCAGAUGCGUAGAACUGGAUUGCUGGGAUGGCAAAGGAGAGGACGAAGAGCCUAUAAUAACACAUGGAAAAGCAAUGUGUACAGACAUACUGUUUAAAGAUGUGAUAUAUGCAGUGAGAGACACGGCUUUUGUCACAUCAGAAUAUCCGGUUAUUCUCAGUUUUGAGAAUCACUGCAGCAAAGGUCAACAAUUCAAAUUGGCAAAAUAUUGUGACGAAAUCCUUGGAGAUCUGUUGUUGAAAGAGCCGCUAAAAGAAUAUCCGCUGGAACCAGGUGUACCCCUCCCCUCUCCGAAUAUGCUGAGGCGUAAAAUCCUCAUAAAAAAUAAAAGGUUAAAACCCGAAGUCGAGAAGCAGGAAUUAGAACUCUUCAAGCAAGGACAAUUUGUUAUUGAAGAUGAGGUCAAGGAGGAUGCAAGUGCACCCCCUGCAGUUGCAGCAGUUGUCGAACAACAGCCGGUAAAGGAGGAAGUGGUUGUUGUCGAAUCAGUCACAUCUGGUAGCGUUGCUACUCAACAGCUACAACAACAAACUGUUGUGCCUGCUGGUCUUGGAGAGAGCUUGGAAUUGGCUGUUGUGCAACCGUACACAGGAAGUACAACAAAUGUGCACCCCUGGCUUUCAUCUAUGGUGAAUUAUGCUCAGCCUAUCAAAUUUGCAGGAUUCGACGUUGCAGAAAAAAAAAAUAUUCAUUAUAAUAUGUCGUCCUUCGCGGAAACUGCCGGACUUAAUUAUUUGAAGACAUCUGCUAUUGAGUUCGUUAAUUAUAAUAAGAGACAAAUGAGUCGAAUCUAUCCCAAAGGCACAAGAGCAGAUUCUUCGAAUUACAUGCCACAGGUUUUCUGGAACGCCGGCUGUCAGAUGGUGUCGUUGAAUUUUCAAACUGCUGAUCUGCCAAUGCAGUUAAAUCAGGGAAAAUUCGAAUACAAUGGUUCCUCUGGAUAUUUAUUAAAACCAGAUUUCAUGAGACGCGCUGAUAGGAACUUUGAUCCUUUCGCAGAAAGUCCUGUCGAUGGAGUAAUAGCCACUCAGUGUAGCGUACAGGUAAUUGCUGGCCAAUUUCUGUCGGACAAAAAGGUCGGUACUUAUGUAGAAGUAGAAAUGUACGGUCUACCAACAGACACAAUAAGAAAGGAAUUUCGGACUCGAGUCGUGCCGGCUAAUGGCUUGAAUCCAGUAUACAAUGAAGAACCGUUUCUCUUUCGGAAAGUUGUUUUACCAGAUUUAGCAGCUCUACGAUUUGCUGUUUACGACGAAUCCAAUGGAAGGCUUCUCGGUCAGAGAAUCGUCCCAUUGGAUGGUCUCCAGUCAGGCUAUCGCCACAUUGCUCUUCGUACCGAAGCCAACUUCCCAAUGUCACUUCCUAUGCUCUUCUGCAAUAUUGAGAUAAAGAUUUAUGUGCCCGAUGGAUUUCAAGAAUUUAUGGAAGCACUAUCGGCACCGCGAACUUCCGGCAAAACUGAAGCUAUAGCGCAACGAAAAAUGCGCGGUUUAGGAAUAGAAGAAAGCGACAGUAAGAUGCACGGAGAUUUAAUGCCACAUCACCACGAAGCAGCGAAACCUCGAGAGGAAAUGAAGUUUGAGCCUAUAACCGUCGAAUCUCUACGAAUGGAGAAAGGCUUCCAAAAGAUUUCGCGGAAGCAGCAGAAGGAGUUGGAGUCUUUAAGAAAGCGACAUCAGAAGGAAAAAGUGACAGUCCAGAAACAGCAAUGCGCAGCAAUAGAAAAAAUUAUCAAGGGCAAAAACAAGGCUGAAUUAUCAAGGGAUCCGACUGUACGGAAUGCAGUAUCUGAACAAACCGCACAGUGGACACGUCUGGCUGAGAGACAACGACGUGAAGAGCGAGAAAUGAUACAUGCACACCUUGAAGAGCGACGAAUACAGCUGCGCAAACUUUGUACUGCUGCUCAGUUAACACAGCUGAAACAAUUGACCGCGCGACACGAGCGCGAAAUCAAGGAGAUGAAUGCAAGACAAGCAAGACUCUCUGUAGAGAGCAUGAGAGAAGUAAUGAACGACAAGACCUUAAAAACUCGUGGCAUUAAGGAAGGCCGGCUCAGGGAGAAACAGCAAAACAACACGAAGAAGUUCAUGGAAGAGCGUAAAAUCGCUCAAAUGAUUCAAAAUAGAGAAAAGGACAAGCUCAAGGUGAUCCACGAUAAGCAACUCGAGGAACUUCAGAAGGACGUAAAUGCGGUACUGGAAAUGUAUAAGAACGAGAAGAUUGAAUACGACCUGGGCCCUAAGACCGAAUUUUACGUGUAAAUCGCGCGCACGCUUAACGUACCAUUUUAACUAUAGCGGUGUUCUUAAGAUAAUUAUAAUUAUUUGUUAACUAUUGGAAUUGGGAUCAAAUCUAACAGCGAUUUUUCUUCAGCCCGUUUCGAUGCCAUGAAAGAAGCGGGAAUGUGUAGUCCUUCAUACUACCUAAUAUUUUUUUAUAAGAGUCUCAUCGCGCAAUAGAUCGAUCCUCGUUGCACCUUGAAUAUGUAAUUCUGGAUAGAGGGCCAUAUCCAAUUUGGAGAAUAUUUUUUAGACUAUAAGUAGUCAAUAAUGUGAUCUAGUCAAUCUUUAGGUAACGUGUGAAUGAUCACGAUACGAUUCUAGUGUCCAUUUUAUAUCUUCUAUAUUUUUCAACUGUUAUUACAUGCCAAAUUCUAUUGAGAGCACACGUGUCCUCCUCGAUUUUGUCAUCGUGUUGAUUCGCGAUGUGACAAAUUCGAAUUUCUUUAUUAAGAUUCCGUACAAUUAUUUAAAAAAAUAUUUCAGACAGCCGCGAAUAUUGGUUUUCUCAAAAAUCUAUAACGCAUACAUAUUUAUAAAGUUUUAUGACCUGUUAUCGAGUUUCUUACCUUUUGAAAAAGAUUUUGAAGAACAUUUUAUCUUUAACUGAGACCAGUAAGUUUCAAUACGUACAAGAAUUGUUUCAAGAUUUGAAAUUCGUCUUUUCGCAAAAUAUCUCACGAGAUUUCGGGAGCAUUUUUUAUUAAAUUUUAUUUUUCAACUUUUCAACAAGCCAAUUUUUAGUGUUUAUUCGUUUUUUCGAAGGAACUUUACACUCUUGUUAUUUUGUACCGAAAUCCUCUAUAGUUCUCAAUUAAAGUCAAACCGUGAAAUGCAUUGCUCGUACUUCUUGAAUACUUUUUCUUCCAUUUUUCUAAAAAGAAAUCAUCUAAAUGAAAUGGAUAGAAAUCUUUUAAUGCAUGAAAAAUCCACGACAGAUCGGAUCUGAAAGUCGUUGUAUAUAACGUAACAAGCAGAGUAUAGAUUAAUUAUUCUAAUCUAUAUAGAUACUGUUGUUUUCUCCAUAUAAUGUUAUAUACAUGGAUUAUUAUUUUAGCCUGUAUAUUGGAUGAAAAAGAGGUAAUUGAAAUAAAGUGGCAAAAUAAAUGUUCACUGCAUUAAUA